AUGGCCGCCGACGACUGGCGCUACGCGAUCAACCGCCGGGAGGCUGAUGAGCGCGGCUACGCCAGCGAUAACCUGAGGUCAGCUUGGGCACAGUGGGGAGCGGGCCGAAACUCCGCGUCUGCCCACCGUGGCGAGGAUGGUCAUCGUCCCUCCGGCGCGCGUCCGCCGCAGAAACGCCGACACGGAGCAGGUGAUCUCCCCAAACCUGUCCAUUUUGUCUCGGCGGCCGUCUCGUCGUCCGAUGAGCAUGGGGAUUCUCGUAAUCUCGCAUCGUCCUCGUCUGUGGAUCCGGCUCGGCAGGCCACGUCGCCGCCGCCGGAGCCGGGGAGCCUUGCGUCCAACGCGGUGGUGGCGCAGAUGAUGAAGCGCAUGAACUACAAGGAAGGCAGCGGCCUCGGGAGGCACGGACAGGGGAUCAUCGCUCCCAUCGAGGUGGCCCUCCGUCCCAAGAAUGCCGGCCUCGGCAGCGUCGAGAGAUCCAUCAUCGGUGGAGCGGACGGGCUUCCGCCACCCAGUGACGAAAACUGGUCCAAGUGGGACGAAGCCGGAGGAGCAAGGAAACGGAAGCGCGAUCGGGACGUCGUCGACGACAAGAUCCUAGCCAGACGUCUGGAGGAGAGCGCCGCCGAGGCCGUCGUGCGUGUGCAGAAGGCACUCGCGCGUGCGGCACGGUGGUCGUCGACGUCGAGUGGCCUGCUAGGAGACCUGAGAUCCGGGGACGAGAUGCCGGCGGCCGCGAUCACCAAGGCCAUGAAGUGGGUGCAGGAGCAGAGCGCGUCGGGGACGCUCACGACGGGCGAGCUGAUCCAUUGUUUGAAUGUAAAUUUCUCUUCAUCACAAGAUACAUUUUUGUACGCUGAAUAUCAGAAUGCACAUAAUAACAGGAACAUACCAGCUAACCAGAAUUCGUGUCUUAGAUUGAAAAACUUAAGCGUUGGUUACUGGUCUGAGCUGCAUUAUCCGGAUCUCACCAGUUCACCACCUGAGGAUCCUGGUUUGUCCAUCACGCCGAUCUCAUUAUCAGUCUAUGCAAAUAAGCUCAAUCUCUUCUGGCUGAUCCAUUUGAACCCAAACUGGUUUACAGGAUAA